AUGACUGAAGUAAUUGUAUUCGGAAAUUUGAAGUUUUAUGACGAUUACAAAAACAUUAAGAAACGAAAAUCUCUUAACAAUCUCUCGGACAAUCAAAAGCACAAAGUGGAAAAUUUCGUUAAUCAAUUAAACAAAUUAUUCGAUAUUGCUGAUAAUAGUGAAGUUGAGAAUCUUCCAAGUGAUUUAAAAUUAUUUUUAGAAGAAUGUCGACAAAAUGAUGGCAAUAAAUGUUUACCAUUAUUAUCUAAGUUAAACGAAAAUGCAAUAGUACUUUCUGAUCAAUCAGUUUUGCAAGAUAUACAGGAUGAAAUACAAGAUGAAAAUAACAACAUUGAAUUUAAUCUGAGUCAAAAAUUAUCGCAGUUCUCAAUGUCUAAUGAAGGAAGUAGCCAAUCAUCAAAUCAAUCUGAAAAACGACCUUUGUCAGAUUACGAAGAUGAGCUUCCACAAGCUAAAAGGAAACGUAAGGUUGAUGUUAUGACGGAAGUUCUAGUAGUAGUACUGGAUCGCACUAAAACCAAUAAUCAGAGUGCAAUGCAUAUUAUUUCUGCUGUCAUUACUAGUCUUGGAUUAGAUAUUGAUAAUUAUAAUAUCAGUUACACGACUAUUCGCAAUGCUCGAUUAACAUUCAGAAAAACAGUUGCUGGGAAUUUGAAAGACGGGAUAGAGGAAACUGCACAAAAUCUCAUCGUACACUGGGACGGUAAGUUACUUCCGGAACUUUCAAAUCAGCCAAUGAAAAAAGUCGAAAGACUUCCUAUUGUUGUUUCCGGAAUGGAUGUGGAACAAUUACUCGGUGUACCUGCUUUAGAUGAAUCUACUGGAGCUAAUGAGCUGAAGUUAUUCUUGAAGCGUUAA